UCGAACCAGAGGCCACUACGGUCGUAGGGUUACUUAAUCUAGUUGUGACGCCUCGGAAACUGUAGUUAUCAGCGUUCCUGGUUUAAGUGAUUUGAUUCCUUCUACCAUGCUAAUUUGGGAGAUUGCUUUGUGAUCUACGUAUCCAACUAUUGGCUGCACUGAUCAAUAAUUAAUGUAAAUCAACCAAAUAUGUGUGUAUAUAAUAGGCUAUGAGCCACCCUUCUUAUAUGACAGCUUAUUACUUCACCUGUUUGCCCAGGCCGACGUAGGUGGAGCGGGUUUCGAACCUGCCAUCCGUUGCUUGAACCGGAUUUCAACAUUGACUACAGAAUUACUGCCUUCAACCCAUAUAUUCUCAUUACUUUUAGCCCAAUGAAAACUCAAUGAUAUUGACUGAAUUCAUGUAAUUUUAUAACUGGAAGAUUUUAAAACCAACUGUCGCUUCAGAACUACUUGGGCAAAACAACCCAACUUUUCCUCAAGUCAAAGAGAGAGAGAGGUAUGUCAGCUGAAAAUGCGAAUCACAUUAGUCCUCAAGAUUACUCAGAUGGACUUGUUGCCCCGACACAAAAAGUCAGUAAGGCAGCUCGUAGGCGUGAAAAGCGAGCUGCAAUUCAACGUGCUCAACAGGCAGCUGCUGUAGCAAAUAUACAAACAAAUAAAUCGGAUAGUCUUCGAUCCAUUGAGAUGAAAAAGCUAGAAAGUCAACUGGAAACUCGUCAUUUAAAACUCUUUGAAGUCCCUUCAGAUGGCGAUUGUUUGUAUCAGUCAAUAGUGCAUCAAUUAAAGAUUAAGAAUUACCCAUUUCACAUUUUAUUGGAAAAGAUUGGAAUGCCAAAUAAUGGGCAAGAUUUCAUCAAUAACACGACGACGACCACCACCACCAAAGACAAUUCAUACCAGUCGACAAGACAAUUAGUGAGAACACUUCGUUAUCUUGCUUCACAUUAUAUUCGGAGUAAUAAGGAUGAUUUCCUACCAUUUCUAUUUAACUCAGAAUCUGGAGAACCAAUGAACUUGGCGGAUUUUGAGCAGUAUUGUGAUAAUGUAGAAAAGACAUCAACCUGGGGAGGACAAAUUGAAAUCCGUGCCUUAUCUACAGUACUUCAGAUCCCUAUUGAAAUACUACAAGCUGAAGGUGUUCCAUUAGUUAUUGGAGAGGAGUUUUCUGGACCACCGAUCACUAUAAUAUAUCAUCGAUAUGCAUUUGCACUUGGAGAGCACUACAAUUCUUGUCUUCCAAAAGAAGUUACCAAAGAUAAUUCUUGGUAGAGAAAUGGUGAAAUUCUUGUAUAUACCAAUCUAAACUACGCCAUCACUGAGUUGUAUUUCGAUAUUGUUAAGAGAUUUUCUUUUCUUUAGUUUGCAUAAUAGACUGUGUAUGUGUUAUUAUUAUUAUUUGUCCCUUGGGUUCCUAAUGGAACAUAGGGCUUCAGUAGCACGUCUCCAGUCAACUCUGUUCUCUGAAAUCUUUUGAACCUGGCUCCACGACAGCCCAGAAGCUCUCAUUUCCUCCUCGCACGAUCUGCUCCAUGUCACCCUCGAACGCCCAACUCGUCGCUUCCCAUGGGGGUUCCACUCGA